AUGGCAUCUUUAGCGGUGUGCUCAAAGCUGGUUCUUAUUUUCUGUGGAACCCUUCCAUUAGAAAAUUUUGGAAAUUCCAGGCGAACGUGUUCUUUUCUACGUUUUCUUUUCUACGUAAGACUCGAAGACAUCCCAACUAAUUACCACAUCCAUAGAUCACAAAUAUUUUUGAGUGGCACUGUAAAUUGGUUGGCAAGCAAUAAUUCAAGUAUGUAUUUCAUUCUUUCGCUUGAUUUAGAGGAGUCAUAUCGACAGCUUUGGCUACCUGAUUUAGAGAAGGAGUCGUAUCGACAACUUUGGCUACCUGAUUUCGAGAAUGAGAAUGAAAAUGGUCCGUGGAUCUUGGAUGUGAUGAGGAAUUGCAUGUGUGUCUUUGCAACUAGUGAUGUGUUUUUGGAUGUUUGGAUUAUGGAGUAUGGAAGUGAAGAGUCUUGGACUAAAUUGUACAGUGUUCCUAACAUGCAACAUCGGGGUUUAGAAGUCUAUAAAGCUUUAUAUAUUUCUGAGGAUGACCAACUACUCCUGCAGUGUUAUGAGAUUGAAAGUGGAGAUAUGAAGUUGGUUGUUUACGAUUCCAAAAAUGGUACUUUAAAUAUUCCCGAGUUUCAAAACAACUAUGAACAGAUAUACCCAAAUGUCUACAUUGCGAGUUUGAUAUCACCUUAAGUUGGGAUUCAUCUGCAACAUAUAUAUGGUUAGUUUUUGUCUGUGUUAUUUAUGUAUUAUGCCUAA